UUUGUGCGCUCUGUUAUCAUUCACAUGGUGAUUGGUGUGACGCGCAUGUGCAAUCAAGCGCGGUUCCGUUUUACUUGAACACUAUUGUGUUAGGCGUGCAGUGAUCAGUUUUACUCUAUCGUAAAUUCGAUUUUGUCUUCCAGUUUAUCGGAAUUUUAAUGGGUUUUUUACAAGUUUUAAUAUAAAGAAUUUGUUGCUUUUUAUCUGAAUAAAGAGAACAAGAAGAGGAAGAGGAAAAAGGAGAAGGAAGAAAGUUGACCUGCUGAACGCGUUGAUAGUUGGAGGAGUUCUCUCACAGACGUGAAGUGUUGAAACAACCAUCAGUGUCAGUGGUGGGUGUGUAGGUGCGCGUGCGUGAGUGAGGUCGUGAUCAGUGGUCGUGACGCGGAAUGGACAGGACACGCGUGCAGACUGUCGCAAUUGCUGUGAGACGAACGCCACCGCUGUUGUGAUGGAAAUAUUCAGGUGGCACAGCUCGCGAGCGUCAAGGCAUGGAGUGAAGAAGCGUUCCGGACCCCUUCAAUGGGCCAGAGGGUUAGCAUGUGUCAUAAAGGAUAUCGUCGCGGAAAAAAACGUUAGUAACACUGCCGGGAUAAUGGUUUACACUAUAGGGUUGAGGUUACAUGUGCGGAGUGGAGAUGAACAGGUGAGAAUGACGGCAGAGACGAUGCCGGUGGCGCCGCCCCCGGGGGCAGAAGCGGGGGCGGGGGGAGCAGGUGGCGGCCACUGCCAGUACUACGACCCCGAGUACGCGCGAAUGGAGGCUUGGCUCGACGAGCACCCAGAGUUUGUCGAGGACUACUUCAUCAGAAAAGCGACGCGACAGGUGGUGGACGCGUGGCUGAUCUCGCACGCGACGCCGACCGGUUCGUCGUCAGGCGGCUGCUGUGAGCUGGGCUCGCCCGUUCAGGCGCCCUGUCCGGCGUCGCGGGCCUCAUCCGGCGCCACGACUCCAGUGCGCAAGAUAUCGGCGCACGAGUUCGAACGCGGCGGCCUGCUGAAGCCGAUCGUGAACACCAUCGACGGCACUCCCACCUUCCUGUCGGUGACGCCGGCCGGGGAGGUGGGGGGCGUCUCCACCACCUCCAACGCCAACAGCACUGCCUCCCGCGAGAGGGCGCAGCGCCGCUCACGCAACGAUCUCAGGCAUCUCGACGAGAAGGAGCUCAUUUUCGAGUUGGUAAAGGACAUCUGCAAUGAGCUGGAUGUGCGCUCGCUGUGUCACAAGAUCCUGCAGAACGUCAGCACUCUGCUGCAUGCCGACAGGGGGUCGCUGUUUCUAGUCCAGGGAGAGAGGGAACAACAACAGCCUUCUGCGGCACCCAACAACAACAACAACAACAACAACAUGGAACAACCGAAAGCGGCCAUCGUUCCCUCCACCGUCGCCUCGCAACACAAUAGUAAUAACAAUAGUAAUAGUAGUAGUAUUUCUUCUGUCAGUAUUAACAACCAUGUGAAUAGGCCUGCAGCCGCAGCACCGGUUGGGUGCAUCAGUAUUGAGGAGCAGCGCAACUGCCCCCGGUCUUCGCCACCCCCAGCCACCACCGCCUCCCUGAACGCGGUCGUCGGCUGUAUCGGCUCCACCAACACCGGCUCGCUCCCCGCCCCCGGCUCCACCCCCGCCUCCAGGCACCACCAACACCACCACCCAUCCGCCGCCUCCGAGGGCUGCCAGCCGUCGCGCUGCCUCGUCUCCAAACUGUUCGACGUCUGCUCGCGCUCCACCCUCCAAGAGAUGGAGAAGAAGGAGGAGAUUCGCAUUCCGUGGGGCAUGGGCAUUGUCGGCUUUGUCGCCGAAAGCGGCCAGCCCGUCAACAUACCUGAUGCCUACAAGGAUGAGCGAUUCAACCACGAUAUCGAUGUCCGGACCGGCUAUAAAACCAGAACACUUCUCUGCAUGCCAAUUAAAGACAUUAAUGGCGAAGUCAUAGGGGUUGCUCAGGUGAUCAACAAGUUCGGAGAUUCCAGCUUCACCGUGAACGAUGAGAAAGUAUUUUCAAGUUAUCUUCAAUUCUGCGGUAUCGGCCUACGGAAUGCUCAGCUUUAUGAGAAAAGCUUACUUGAAGUCAAGAGAAAUCAGGUGCUUUUAGACUUGGCGAGAAUGAUCUUCGAAGAGCAGAGUACAAUAGAGCACAUGGUAUUCAGGAUAUUGACUCACACCCAGUCCUUAAUUCAGUGUCAUAGAGUUCAGGUAUUACUUCUGCACAAAGCUUCAAAAGGCAGCUUUUCGCGGGUUUUUGACUUCCAGGCGAGUGACUUGGAAAGCAGUGCGACUGAGGAGCGAACAAGCCCAUUUGAAAGCAGAUUCCCGAUCAAUAUCGGAAUCACUGGCUAUGUAGCCACCACUGGUGAGACUGUUAAUAUUGUGGAUGCGUACAAAGACCAAAGAUUUGAUCCAUCUGUAGAUGUAGAAACAAACUUCAGGCAUAGAAGCAUCCUUUGUAUGCCAAUCAAGAAUUCUUCUGGACAGAUUAUUGGAGUCAUACAACUUAUCAACAAAUUCGAGGAUUUACCGUUCACAAAGAACGAUGAGAACUUUGUUGAAGCGUUUGCAAUUUUCUGUGGAAUGGGAAUUCACAACACGCACAUGUAUGAGAAGGCUGUGAUAGCUAUGGCAAAGCAGAGUGUCACGCUGGAUGUUCUAAGUUACCAUGCUUCUGCAUCGCUAGAAGAUGCACAGAGACUGAGGGUACGUUCCAAAAAAAUGCGGGUUCCAUCUUCAGCAACAUUCAUGCUUCAUGAUUUUAAAUUUGAUGACUUGAGAUUGUCAGACGACGACACGCUUAAGGCAUGUUUGAGAAUGUUCCUUGAUUUGGAUUUUGUGGAGAGGUUUCAUAUAGACUACGAAGUACUCUGCAGAUGGCUUCUGAGUGUCAGAAAGAACUACAGGAAUGUCACAUAUCACAAUUGGAGGCAUGCUUUCAACGUAGCGCAGAUGAUGUUCUCUAUAAUCACAACUACUCAGUGGUGGAAGAUCUUUGGCGAACUUGAAUGCAUGGCUUUGAUUAUCGCCUGUCUAUGUCAUGAUCUAGAUCAUCGAGGAACCAACAACUCAUUCCAAAUAAAGGCAUCAUCACCCCUUGCUCAGCUGUAUUCUACGUCUACCAUGGAACACCAUCACUUCGAUCAAUGCAUCAUGAUUCUCAAUAGUCAGGGAAACCAAAUUCUUUCAAAUCUAUCACCCGAUGAAUACUCAAGAGUUAUAAAGGUAUUAGAAGAUGCGAUCCUCUCCACUGAUCUGGCUGUCUAUUUUACAAAACGAGGAAUGUUCUUGAACCUUGUCAGAGAAAGAUCCUAUAAUUGGAGUAGGGAAGACCACAGAGAACUGCUGAGGGGAAUGACAAUGACAGUUUGCGAUCUUGCAGCCAUCACCAAGCCAUGGAAUGUUGAGAAGAGGAUAGCGGAACUGGUCACUAGCGAAUUCUUUGAACAAGGAGAUAUUGAAAGACAAGAACUCAACAUCACACCUAUUGACAUCAUGAAUAGAGAGAAAGAAGAUCAACUUCCAGCCAUGCAAGUUGAUUUCAUCGAUUCGAUAUGCUUACCUAUUUACGAAUCAUUUGCUGAACUUUCGGAAAAAUUGAGACCACUGGUGCAAGGUGUCCUGGUUAACAGAAAACAUUGGGAGAAAAUUGCCCUGGAGAACAAUCAGAAGAGGAAUGACCAUCAGAUGGAGGAGGAUGACUCUUAAACUCAGGCAUCUACAAAUCCUAUCAAUGCGGGCCAAGCUUCCAGGGAUUGACAGAAGCAUGAACCUUUGGAGAAGUUAAAGUUCCUGGAAAUGGUGUGUGAAUUUUUUCUUCCAGACCCCACCUAAACCUCUUUCUUUAAAGGUUUCUUUCUGGAAUAAUUUUUCCUAUGUGCAAAUGAAUGUAAUGUUAUGUACAGAACUGAAACGAAAGUAACAUACCAGUUGUAAGAAUCCUAUUUAUGUAGACAAUUCUUGUAUAUUAUGUGUAAUUGAUGAAUCCUGUCGAAUAGUAUUUUUUCUAUGAUAUUGAUCGAAAUAAGUUUUAAUUUAAUUGUUUUAUUUGUGAUAUGAACUGUUGUAAACUCUUUUAAUAUUUAACUGAAUUGAAAAUAAAUUAAUUCCAGUUAAUAGUAGUA